UCUUUGCUUUCUUCUUCUAUACACAAACAAAGUUCUCUCUCUCCCUCAUGUCUAGUUUUCUGCGGUUGCCCUAUCUCAUGACCCUUUAGGUUAACGGCGUUUUCAUCAAACCUCUGAUUUAUGCGUCACCGCAGGAGCUCGAGUUUUCACUAAAGUCGUGGACUUUCUUUUCAAGAUCAAAAGCCUUUUUGUGCUUUUGGGUUAUAAACCAAAAAAACACAUGGAAGCUUAGAAGAAGAAAGCUUUCAGAGUUUGUGAGGUUGUUGUUGGUUAGUUUGUUGUUUUCUAGCAAAUGCUGAGUCUCUUCUCUCUCUGCAACUUGCUUUACUAGAUGAGCCAUGAUAUUAGCUUCUCCCAACAUGGUCUUUAUAAAAGGGCAUCAAGUAAACGACCGAUCUUUUUGUUUUGAUACCAAGGAAUGGAAUAUUCUAGAGACUCGGCAGGGAUGAUGAUGGAGAAUAAGCGCAAUGUCUACUCUCUUGAAGAAGGCAGCAUUAAACGACACAAGUCUGAUCUCUCUUUCUCUUCCAAGGAGAGGAAGGAUAAGGUGGGAGAACGUAUCUCAGCUCUUCAACAGCUAGUUUCGCCUUAUGGGAAGACCGACACAGCAUCAGUACUUCUAGAGGCGAUGCAAUACAUUCAGUUUCUUCAAGAACAAGUCAAGGUUCUAAGCGCUCCAUAUCUGCAAGCAACCCCAAUUACUACACACGAGGAGGUGGAGGAGUACAGUUUGAGAAGCAGAGGGUUAUGUCUUGUCCCAAUGGAGUACACAGUAGGUGUUGCUCAGACCAAUGGUGCUGAUAUUUGGGCUCCGGUAAAGACUCCUGCUUUCAGUCUCCAGUCUAAUUCGCCCAUCUGAUGAUCUGUCUUUCUCAAGACUAAAUGAAAAAGAUAAUAAAAAAAUGUUAGUAGUCUGAUGAUAAUGAUGAUGAUCUCUUUGUAACAUAUAUAAAAAUUGAUGAAGACCCAUGAAGUUGUCUCAUAGUCAGUGAUGUCUGUUUCUGUUAUUCUUACUGCUUAAUCUCCCAACUCUGUGGUGGCUUCAUCCCAUUACUUGAAUUUGAAUAAGUUGUCUACACUGAUAGUGAUUUGAUUCUAAUGAUAAAUUUAAGUUCCUAA